UCAUCAUUUUAAAUUUAUUUGCAUGGUGUAUCAGUUCUUGUAAAAAAAAAAAAACAUUGGCAUUUAAGUUGAUAACAUGGAUAAGAAGUCCUUUGACAUCGUCCUGGAUGAGAUCAGAAAGUGUGUCCUGACUGAUCAGAGGGUCAGAGCCAUAGAGCAGGUCCAUGGAUAUUUCUCCAGUGAACAGGUGGCUGAAAUCUUGAAGUACUUUUCAUGGGCAGAACCUCAGAUCAAAGCAGUGAAAGCUCUGCAGCAUAAAAUGGUUGCAAUCCCCACAACCAAAGUUGCAAAUAUCCUGAGCUGCUUCACCUUCUCAAAGGACAGACUUGUGGUUCUGGAACUAAUAGCUUUAAAUAUUUCAGAUGCACAGAAUUAUCGGCCUGUGGAGGAUCUGUUUCGCAUUCACUUGUCUGAGAAAAAGCGUGCUCGAAGGAUAUUGGAGCAGGUGUGUAAGGUUGGCUGUAAGGCUCCUGUAGCCAUGAUCUCCUCCUGUGGAAUGAUACCAGGAAAUCCAUACCCUAAAGGCAGACCCAGCUUGGUCACUGGCACGUUUCCUGGAAUCCCUCCUGUUAAAAAAGAAGCCGAGAAAAAAGAAGAUUCUUUGAGCGGUAUGGAGGGGAAGGGAAUCGCUACACGUAUUAUUGGACCCUCCAAACAUUUUCCUUCAACCUACAAUCCUUAUCGACCUGUUCCUUACCCUAUACCACCAUGCCGACCUCAUGCCACUAUUGCACCAAGUUAUGUCAAACCUGGCAAUCCACAGAACACAACCCCUGGAGUCAACAGCAGGCCCCUUUUGUUUCCUCACGUGUCCACUCCUUCAACUCCCGUCCCACCCCAGGCUUCACCUGCCCCGCCACCACCCACUACCCCCAUUACGCCUGUUUUCCCUGGCAUGGUGCCCUCCCACAACGCCCCCUCUCCUGCACCAGCCCCAUCUCCGUCUGUGAUUAAAGGUGGGCCUCAGACCCCCAGUGGGCAUGUCACACCUACGCCUUCGUCCGUCAUUAAAGCCCACACACCGUCGGGCACUCCCUGUGGAACACCUGUCCCUGGCAGCGGGGGGUUCUUGUCUUCCCCAUUCCAUGCUCUUUCUCGACCAGACACCCCUUCAGCUUCCCACAGCAGUCAAGACUUUCAGUCACAGACAAAUUCCUCCACUCCUCAGAGGACUUACUCCCAGUCCUCAGACCAGUCAGGACCCAACUUCUCUGGCAUACACACACAAACAGGCAACCCCUCUGGUUCAGUGAUCCGAAGCUACACCCCCUCUGGUUCAUCAUCUCUCACUCCUAGAUCUUCCACUCCAGGACCCAGUCCGAAACCCUCCCCUGUCCACCACCCUGCUCAGACUCAGGCUGUCACAGCUGGAUCCCUGAACAAGCACUCUGGGGGUAGUAACAGUGGCAGCAACAGCCCUGUACCGCUGGCGUUUCGUUCUGUUCCACCGUCUGUUGGCUCACUGGUGCAGCCAGGCUCUGCUCAGGCCACGCUGGCACGUUCCUUAGGUCUGUCACACUCUUCAGGUUCUCCUCAAGUCUCUCUCCCCAGCCCUGUUGCCAUCACUGGUCUUCAAGCAAUGUCUUCCAGCCCAGCACCAUCUCAUUACCCAGGCCUCUCUCCUUUUCCAGCUCUGACUUGUUCUCUUCCUUCUGCCACCACGCCUUCAUCUGGGCUCACAAUGUCUCCCACCACCAACAUUCCCAACCACCCACCAACCUCCAAAUACCCGAGCUUGACUCCCAGUGCCGCUCCUGCCGCAGCCUCACCUUUUGGUCUUGGCCUCGCCUCGGCCCCAUCUAUAUUCCAAGGCCUCCCACCUGGGGCUAGCCCCACCACCUUUCCUGGACUGGGCAUGUCGGGGGGUACCAGAAGCCCUGUGCUGCCUUCGUUCAUGGGACUGUCAGGAGCAGCUCCAGCUUCAGUUGCAGCCGUGGCUCCGCUGCAGGCCGCAGGCGCUGCAGUCGGGGUCCCAUCGUCGUCUCCAGUGUUACCUGGUUUUGCAUCUGCUUUCAGCUCCAACUUCCAGCCCGGGUUGACCAGUGCACUUCAGGCUCCUGGAGGAAGUGGGUUUCCAGGCUUGCUGUCCUUCCCUGCUGUGGCAGGCUUCUCACCGUCUGCUUCUCCUGCUGCCCUCAGUGGCCUUCACAACCCAGCCAUGCAGUCUCCUCUGCUGCAGGUAGCUCAUCCUACAUCUGCCUUGGAGAGCUUUCCUCCUCAAGCCACCAGUUUCACCAACUACCCUGCAGGCCCUGGAAACCCCUUCCCACUCCAGCCAGGACUGCACCCUCAGUUAGGUUGGCAGUAAACUGUUGACAUGUUAGGACUCACAUGCAGACCCUUGCAGUUUGCCCAGCCCUACUUUGAAGUAGGUAAUAUGUCUUUGGCCUUGAACCAUGAAGAGCCCAGGAUAACACGGCUUCAUCACUUCACAGCAGGGUGGCUUAAUUCAGGACACACUACUCUGAAUAUAUGGGGGAAGAGGAAGUAUUGUUACUCAUCGUUUGUAAAUAUUAGUUAUUGAAAUGGAUAGACUGUAACUAGCUGUAAUGAUAGGCUUGACUUGCCUGUUUUUAGGAAUACGUUUAUUAUCGAAUUGUAGAAAAUAGGAAAUUAUGUUAAAAUGGUCAUUUGUGAUUAUUUUAUGUCCGAUUACAAAAUCAAUAGGGAACAAAAAGCUUUUGGAUUUAUUUACCCAAAUCUUUGAUUUUAGUAUGAACUUAUUAGUAAUUGGUGGUUUAUAAUAAGGACUUACAUUUUAAGUGUUUCUACAGUACUGUAAAUAUUUGUAAUUCAUGUUCUGG